CCCACAUAGACUUCAUCGAUACUUUGUUGUUGUUGUUCUUCUAUCUCUGUACAUAAUAUGGGGUUUUUCUUGAGGUAUUUGAUCUCUAAAGAAGAGAAAUCAAGAAGAGUUUUGCGAGGUGUUAAGACUGUGUUCUUCCUGAUCACCAUGUUGAUUUCUUUGUUGCUUUUUUCUGCGCCACUUCUGCUCGUUAUUGCUGAUACUCUUCUCCCUUCCGCACUUCUCUCAGCUUCUCUUUCUCCUUCUUCAUUAUCCCUCGAAACCCUCUCCACCCACUUCACUAACUACGAUUUUCGCUACUCUCUCAUCGACAUACCUCUCAUCUCCAUCAUCCGAUCCGCCGUCAUCAUCUGUGUUUAUGGAUUGUGUGACGGGCCACGGCUUUCGAGAGGGCCGUAUCUGGGGAUUACAACGAUAUGUUCAGUGUUGUCGUUAAUUUUUGUUUCAUUAAAGGCCGCCUUUGUGUUCAGUGUUUCAAACAUCGACCGAGGUGGGUACGUGAGAACCAUGGAAAUGGCUUUAUUCAUCUGCUCACUGGUUUUAGCCAUUGGCCAUAUCGUGGUGGCUUACAGAACAAGUUGCAGAGAAAGAAGAAAACUACUGGUUUACAAAAUUGACAUUGAAGCUGUUUCAGCUGCAAAGAAUGGUUUUCCAAGGUAUCAGAAGAUUCUCAAGGAAGAAAGAGUUAAUUAAUCAAUUAAAGUAUAUAUGAACAAGCAAUUUCAACAUAAUUAUAAAUCUUUUUGGCGUAUCACAGCCAGAGUCAAAUUUCAGAUUCAUCUGAAGGUAACUUGGGAUCAAGAACAAGUUAACAGGCGGCUAAAUAUUAGUAAACAACUACAGAAAAUUAUAUGCAGGGAAAUUACAUUGUGCAGAAGUGGUGGAUUAUGUGUAUUAGUAGCUACGUUGCAGGGGAUACAUUAACCUUCAUCAUUGUAAUUAAACAUGUACAGAGUUAUAGAGCAUUAAACAAACUGGCCGAAGGCCUUUUUGACGAGUUCAACCUUUGAUUUCCAUGGCUGCCAUUUUACCAUAAAUUCAUAUACUAUCAUUCUGAUAAAUUAUCUUAAGCUUGGACGA